GUAUUUCAGUAUAUUAGGACUGUGAGCUCUUGCAGCCGGAUGUAAUCAGAGAUAGAGACAGAAUAUUAAUGUGUUCCAUUCCAUUUUCAUUACUGCAGUAGUUUAAACAAAGGUACUUCAGUUCACAAGUGACUUACAUCAAUAGUACUUGAAUUCAUUUUGUAGAGUCCAUGUUUUUUUAAGUCAAGCUUGAGAACUUGACUGUCAGUAUUGAAGGACUGGUAUUUGUAGGGAUUGUUUGUUGCCUUUUAAAAAAUUAUCUGGGAGCAUAUUGCUUUAAAACUAUAGCCUUAACAUUUAGGUUCUGUCUCUCACACACAUUCAGACUUACACACACAGCAUUUGGGCAGCUGUCAUGUCACAUCUGAAGGGUUGUGCAAAUGAAUGUCCAGUCCACAUUAACGCAGCAUUGACCUCAUCUUUAAGAAAUCUGCUUCUUUUAAGUUACUCAACUUAGAUGUAAUCAGACCAAAAUGUAAAAAACAUAUUUUUUUAUUAUGAGAAUUUAUUUACUGGGUGUGGUACGUGGGGGUUGAUAUUUUAAGUUUUAUGCUUACUUCCUAACAAAUUUUCCAUGUUCAAAAAUAUUGUAUAUUAACUUACAAUUUUAUGUAACAAAAACUAUCCUGAUUUUAAAAACAUUACCUAUUAGUUAUAAUAGAAGCACAUAAAUUAAUAUGUUAAUUGUUACUAGGCUUUGUCUGAUUUCUAAGCAGGUAUAUAGAACAUGCCUUGCUGUUUUUUCAAAAAUCAAAAUCAUUCAGUCUCUGCAAAGACCACUUUGUUAAAAAGCAAAGAGAGAAAAGAAGAGGAUGAGAAAUGUUCAGGGAAAGCCACUAGUGCUCACCAUUCCUAUGCUAAAAAGUAAUGGGGAAAGAUAACAGCGAGGGAGGAGAAGAAUCUCUUGGGAUGUGAUGGUAAUUGACCAUUUUGGCAACCAGUUUUAAAACCAGUAUCAUUCCAGAGAAUUCAAGUUACAUGGUUACUAAUAAAAACAAAGUGUAUGGCUUAGAUUAAAUAGAUAGGUAUUUUGCUGGUUCUUUUAUUUCUUUCAACACACCAUGAUGGGCCACACUAAGAACACAGGAAAAUGCACCACAUCUGGGGGGGGUGUGUGUGUGUGUGUUAUUUUACACACACAAAAACAGCUGUAAAAUUUAAAUCCAGAUUUAAACUUCUCCUUCUCCCAAAAUUUGAUAGUGUUCAAAUCCAUGGGCCAUCUCAUGUUUGUAUAUGCAAUAUUAUAUAGUGUGUGUUUGAAAAUGAAAAAAAAGAAAAGAGAUACUUAUACAUUGAGACUGGCCCACUUAGUGGUAUAAUAGCCUAUAUCUGUUUCAGUUGGUAUUAAGGAAUACUGUUAAUUGUUACCAGGGAUGUAUCAAAUCUAACUGGGUAUUUUCGUAACUCAUGGGCACAAUACUUGGGCUCAUAAAGCGCUACAUACCAAACAUGAAUGUGUUUAAUAACACACAGUUAUAAAAGUGAUUUUUUUAAACUGUAAGCAGUAAAUUCAUUCAUUACUGUACAACACACAUUAGAAUUAUUUUGUGAAGCAGUGAUACUUUUCAGUGAAAUCUUGCAGUAUCAGAGCAAUGAAAACUUUCUGGAUCCUGACCUCCCACUCAGUCUGGGACAUUUGGGCUGUGACUCUUUUCCUGUACAUGCCGAGGCAAUUCAGACUAAGCCAAAAGUAUCUUGGGCCUGGCUCAAAGUCCUCUCAAUACUUUCAUACUUGUGCCAGAUUCUCUGCCUCCAGUUCAUUGUUUCUGCCUCUUCCACCUUUCAAAGAUGAUUUUGGGGGAGCAGCAGCCAAAAUAUUUCCCUCCUAUUUUCUCAUUUCCUUUCCUCAAAAAUUUUGGAGGGUGGUGCCCUAAACAAGGGCCCCUGCUGAGAUCCUUCUUUGCCUAUUCUUCCCACCCCCAUCAUGGCAGCACAGGUCAAAGGACAAGAGGCAUACCAUUUGCAAGGAGAUCUUCUCAGGAUCCACACAUGGGGAGAUCUGCCAAGACUACUCCCUAAGGGGCUCAGAGUCUGGAUGGCUAGUUGGGGCAUUUAUAUCCCUUCAAACCAGCUGAGAUUCCUUUGUGGGGGUGGAUCAGCGCUCUUCAACUGUUGGAAGCCAGCAAACAGAACAGUCCUCCUGAUGAAGGACUCUUUGGGGGCAAGUCCAAAAUUCCUAUUCAACCUCCAGGUCCAAUCCACCUUUAAAGAGAAAUGUGCCAGGGUCCCAUCCCAAGUUCUUACCUGGUUAAUUUAAUCACUUGACAAGGAAUCUGGCAUCUCUUCUCACUCCUUUCCAAGAGUAACAUCUCGACUCUUAGUGAUGCUUCCACUGCAUUUCCUCUUCAGCUGUAUUUUGGAGGAGGCGAAGCACCAGAGUUCAGCAACGUCCUUCCACAGAUGUUUCAAACCAGGAUCACAAAAUAGAUGAAUGCUAGUAUUGUAAGGCAGAGGGACAUGCUUUGCCUGGCCUUACUUCUCUCUGCCUUUCCAUUAAUUCUUCCAUGCUCACUACAUCCCAAAUGUCUCAUAUUAGGGGUGAGGUCAGUAUCCAGAACAUAGAAUUUGCUACCUGAUUAUUUUCUUUCUAGGGCCUGCUCUACACUUAAAAGUUUUGCUGGCAUAGGUUAGUUGGUUAGUAGUGUGAAAAAAAUCACACCCUAAUCAGCAUAGCUGCGUCAGCAAAAGCCCUAGUGGAGAUACCGGUAAAAAUGUCCUUUGGCUGGAAUCACUAAUUUCUUUCAGGGAACUGGUGUAAACUAUGCCAGUAAAAUCACUCUCUUUGUCAGUAUAAACUAUUAUCUCACGAUACAAACUCUCUCCACUAGGAGCGUUUGCUGAUUUAGUUAUACCAGCAAAUCUUUUCUAGUGUAGUCAAGGCCUAAAACUGAUCUCGCUGCAAAGAUAAAGCCACAGAGUAUCUAUAUCACAUCCUUAUUGAGGCUCAGGUACCUAGUUACCAAAAUAAUCUAAUCUAUUCAUAAUCUGAUCUACUGAUUAGUAUUCAGUGUUUCCAUACCACUUUGUAAGCAUUCAUUUAGUACAGAGGUAGAGACAGUGUGACCAGCCCCUGAAGCCUCUUGGACAAGUCAGAACUGACUCUGCAAUUUGUAGGAAGAGAGGAACACAGACUAAAUAUCUUUGAAAGUCAGAAUGGUUAGUCCCAGGAUGGGAAUAGUCAUGUCACAAUCUUUCCAGAAAGAUAGAUGUUACAACAAAGCCUUGCAAUGAAGAAUUAUUGAUCUUCUUUUGUAAAUCUUUAGUGAUCCAGUGAGCUUUUAAGCCAGGCACAUUCUGGGUCUACAUCUAUCUAGGAUUAAUAGUUGCUCGUGGUCUUUUGCAUUAAAAUCACUUGUAAACUCGCUCAUAUGUAGCAGGGUUCAUAGUAUUAGAAAAAAAAUUGCAGGAGGGAAAUAGGUGCUGUGAUUCAGACUCUCAUUGGUCACCCAAAGCUGAAAUCUUCCACAGUAGCAGUUGGCUAGGUGUCAACUGCUGCAUCCUUCAGGACAUAACAUAUUGUGCCUUUAGGAAUCCAUCUUCCAAGGAUUCUUCUGGGCUGUAUACUUCUCCGUGGAUCCCUGCACAGCUCCUGCUGAUAGUCUUGCUCAAAAUUCUGUAUACUUGGUGUUCUCUGUUGUUAAACCUUUCAAUGGUGCUUUUUUAAGAUGCUGGAUAAAUGGUUCCAAUGUACUUUCUCAAAGCUGAAACGUAAAGCUGUGACAUACAUCAUUCUCUGUUGCAAUGAGUGUUUCCAGAACUUAGCUUUAGCAGUGUUAUUCUAACUGCAAAACUCUCUAACAAUGCUUCCUUUUUUCUCGUCAGCUCACACAGAUUCAAAACGGAGUCCUCACACCUCACAAGCCUAGAUUGGUCAACCAGUAUUUAAAUCAGCCAAUCAGAGCCAGUGUCUGGGCUUAGGAUCAGUUGGACAUGUGAAGGUGUGAUCUGUACAUUAUGGGGUUGGAAUAAUAUAUAAAUAGGACCCAGUUCAGGGACUUACCUCCCGCUCCCAAUUCUGUAUAUACAUUUUACUUUGUAGUCUAUCUAAUGAAAUAUAGUCCUGAAACAUGAAUUGGAGUCAAAUUCUGAGGUCCUUUCUUUGCCUUUAAACAGGCAAACUCUCAUUUAAUUCAGAUUUGAAUCACUGACUUCAAUUGGAGCAUGCCUGAGUAAGGCUAUUGGACUUUGCCCGAAUGAAGAACUUGGGAUGUAGCUUCCUGCAAAAUACAAGAAUUCAGAAAGAACGACUCAGCAUCUCAGACAGUGGUUUGUUGCUCUGUUACAGACCUCAAACCAAACACUGUUCUGAGGGAAAGAAGCUCAACUUUUACUGACUUGGAUGAACAUUGUAACUGUUUACAUCUGUGCAAAAGUUGGCCCCUAGUGUCUGUCUGUAGGAUGGUAGUGAUGGAGGACAUUGUGAAGGGAGCUCUCUGUCUGAGGAAAGGCAGGAAGAUAUAUUUCAGCAUCCCUUUCCAGCUAGCCAUAGCUUAUUGUGAUAAAGGAAAUUGGUAGAUUUAUAACACUGAAGAGAUAAAUGAGACAAGGGAGUUCCCACACUCAGAUAAUUUAUCUGAAGUCCCUUCCUUGCAGAAUGGAGAGCCCCAUCAUAUGUACCAUUGAAUGGGUCAGUAUAGAAGAAGAACACAUGCUCAUAAUUCUUACGUUCCCCCCUAACCUAGAAACAUACAAUAGAUUUAUUUCCUACGUGCCAAUUUUUCAGUAGUGCUAAAGCAUACCACAUGCACUGGGCAUUGCACUUCUCUUGAGGGCUCGUGCAAACAUGAAUGGUGAAUUCUGAUGUGAUCAGUUUCUGAUGUGACCCAGUGAUCAGUUUACAAAACAUAACUGCACAUCUUGCAUAUGUAAACCACUGGUCAGUGUGUAUCAUGCAUCUGUCCUCAAUCCACAGAGGACAUGAGUCGGCUACAGUGCCUGGCGGUCUAGUUCAAGCUAUAACAACUCAUGCUUUUAGCUCUGGAGGGCCCCAGUUCAAACCCUUGCCAAGCUGGCAAUCAUCACACACAGGCUGACAAAGUGCCUACAGCUAAAGAUAUAAACAGAUCACUGUUUCUGCACAAGAGUUAUUAGGCUGAUCUACUGUACAUGCUGUUGUCCUGCUGUUUACUUUUUAAACUUACAGCUGUCAGUUAUGUUCUUUUUAUCCUUAUGAUAGUAGUUGCUCACAAGUUUUGUCUAUUUACAAACCCACUGGCUAAUUUUAACAAGCAUGAGUACAUGUUUGUAAUAGAAAAGAUAAAAGGAGACUCUUUGGUUUACAGGGCACCUAUGUUCAAAGGGUAGUUGUGUUAUUUCUUCCUGUUUGUAUAAAAAUAACAAACUGUUCAGAUGAUUGGAGGGUACUUAAAGUUGAUUUUGUUUUAAAGAUUCUGUUAUUUAUUUUAUUUGGGAUGACUUCCUUUCAAUACAAUAUAAUGUUGCCACCUCUUGAGUUUUAUAUGAAUCUCAUAAAAUUUAGUGUUGGUGGGGGGGGAUGUUUAGUGUAUCCAGCCCCUGGAAUCCUAUGAUUUCUUGAGAUCUCAGCUUUUUAAUGUUUUUUAAUGAAAAUUUCUAAUGCCUCAUAGUUUCAGAGAAAAGCUUGAAACAUGACAAAAGUGUAACCAAAAGGGUCUACAACCCAAGACACAAAUUUUAUUUUUAAAAAAGUCAUGAUCUUUUUAACACUGGGAGUUGGCAGUGCUGAAGCUCUGACUUCGUAAUGCCCUGAAAGAGACUUAAAAUAUUUCAUUUCUGGCUUUCACUAUAGGUUGGGUUUGUAACGUCCAUCAUUUGUGGAGCUGUUUAGUUGUUGGUGUUUUUUGUCACGUUGACAGCAAUCAGCAUUUUAACAACAUUUCAGUCCUUUCUGAAAUAUGACUUAGCUAUCAGAGGGUACGGACACUGCAUCAGAUUGAGAACUUAGAGUGGAAUUUUCAACAGCUGCUAACUGAUUUAGAAGCAUGAGCCCUAUGCUCCUAAGUCACUUAAGUCCUUUUGAAAACCACAGAUCCUGCAGACCUUACUCAGGCGAAUAGCUGUCACCUUGGCAAGCAGCUCAGCUGACAAGCAAGGAUUGGUGAAACAUAAACAGACAAUCUGAUAAAAAUGUAUUUUUAAAAACACACCUCAGAGGACAAGAACUUUUCAGGCUCAAGCAAGCGCGUGCAGUCUCUCAAAUACCAGAGGACACUUGUAUUUUACUUUUAUCCUUGAGGCUAUAUCAGAACUAUUACUUAGCCCAUUUCCUCAGGGUUUCCCUACAAUCAGUCAGCUCCAGUCUACUGCUCUGGCUUCGUACAGGCAACUGGAUUUUCCUAGUAGCUGCUGAUUUGUCACCUGUGUCUCCCUUAAUUAUUUCCACCUGCGCCUGUCUCUACUCCUGGAAGUGGCUGUUUGCUUCAGAAGCUUUAAUGCAUACCAGGAAAGCUAGUGGCUCCUCCUCAGGCAGACCAGUUCUUCAAUUUAAAGAAAAGGGUGUUGAGAGCCAAACUGCUAAACCAGAAAGGGUGGUUUCUUCUUGGGGGUGAAAUGUAGACUGCUGUAGCAACUGGAAGAAGAAUAAGAAAAGGGAUGACAGGCAGGCAGCGUUAAGCGUGACAUGACCUUCACUGCAUUUCAACAGGAUGACCUAAAAAGUGACAUCAGUCAAAAAUUACCAGACCAACAAUUUUUCCUGUUGGCCAUGAGGGAGGAAGAUUUAAAAACUGCAGACACCAAAAAACUAAACAGAAUUCAUGAGCAUGAAAAAGAAAACACUCGUUCUGUCUGUCUUCUUGAACAGAAACGCAAGGUUGUUUCUUCAAAUAUUGAUGUGCCUCCAGCAAGAAAAUCUUCAGAAGAACUGGACAUGGAUAAAGUGACAGCAGCUAUGGUACUAACCAGUUUAUCCACCAGCCCUUUGGUUCACAGCCCUCCUGUACGGCCCAAUGAAUCCCUGAAUGGAUCUUGGAAAGAAGGAGGAUUUGUGCCUUCUAGUACCAGCAGUAGUGGAUACUGGAGCUGGAGUGCACCCAGUGAUCAGUCCAAUCCAUCCACCCCAUCUCCGCCUCUGUCUGCUGAUAGCUUCAAACCCUUUCGAAUGCCCGCUCAGCCAGAUGAUAGUAUUGAUGAAGCUGAAACCAGUAAUCUCCUUUUUGACGAGCCCAUCCCUAGGAAGAGAAAGAACUCCAUGAAGGUAAUGUUCAAAUGCCUAUGGAAAAACUGUGGAAAGGUACUGAGCACAGCUGCAGGGAUUCAGAAACACAUCCGGACCAUUCAUCUUGGACGUGUAGGAGAGUCUGACUACAGUGAUGGAGAGGAAGAUUUUUACUACACAGAGAUCAGGCUCAACACAGACUCAGUAGCGGAUGGCUUAAGCAGCCUUUCUCCAGUCUCUCCAUCUCUAGGAUCUCCUCCUCCUUUUCCCACCCAAGAUGCAAACCGUCCUGAAACUUCAUGUGCCAAAACUGAGACUAAAUUGAUGACGCCUCUGAGCCGCUCAGCUCCUACCAAUCUCUACCUCGUACACACGGAUCAUGCUUACCAGGCCACUCCUCCAGUGAACAUUCCAGGGUCAACAAAGUUCACUCCCAAUGGCCGUAGCUUUAGCGUCUCUUGGCAGUCACCUCCAGUUACCUUCACGGGCAUUCCGGUCUCACCAACUCAUAAUCGUCCUGCAGGGACUGGAGAGCUGAAACAACAGACCCACACAGUCCUCUCAUCACCACCCAGAGUGUCAUUUGGCUUAAGGAAACCUAGAGGGGAGGGGAAAAAAUGCCGAAAAGUGUAUGGGAUGGAGAACCGAGAUAUGUGGUGUACUGCCUGCCGUUGGAAGAAAGCCUGCCAAAGGUUCGUCGACUAAAGACUGGAAGCAUGGAGGACCCAAGGGAUGUGAAGUACAAUAGCAGGAUCCUGUUGCUGCAGCUGCCCCUGCCUAUCCUCCAGUGCUGCCUUUUAAACAGACUUGUAUUUCAAAACAAAGCACUUGUAGCCAAGGAGAAGCACUUAGCAAAACCAGUGUGGAGCAAUGGAGCAAUAGAGCAAAAAGUCUUAUCCAGUAUUGAACCCAGAGCAGCUAUUAAUGUUUUUCUUAAAACAAAAAAUAACUUGUUGCUAACUCUGAACUACUUGCUCCCCAUGACUGUUUUUAACAGUGUCAAUGUCUAUGCUGUGAACGUCUGUAUCAGUUGAACCAAGCACCGCAUCUUGCCCUGAAAUGAAGAUUUCUUUUCAAAAGCCUAAUUAACACUUUAAGACAUAUAAGCUACAGUUCACUCAACAGCAGCCAUACCAAGAGUGGAACCUGUUAAAUAAUUCUGCUGAUGUGAAUGAUCUUGGUUGGAUUCCUCAUUUUCGGGUGUUUUUUUGAGGAAUUCAAAUCUUAAUAUUUCAGAAGGACUCCUGGAUGAUUUUUUUAAAAGCAGUCACAAACCAGAACAAGAGUGGAGCUAAGUUUUAAAUUAGAUUGUAAUACUCCAGAGACGGAAAAAUGAUGGGAAAUCACCAGCAGAUCUCAGCCACAAGUAAGUCCAAGAUUUGAGGGAAGGCGUUUCAACGAUCAUUGAAACAUACAGGAAUAUAAUUUGGAUUCCAGUAUCUUUUCUUAUCACUGGUCCCUUUUCCUAGCAAUGACCAUCUUAUGCUGCUGAAGCCCUAUUAAGAACUGGAUUAUAUGUAAUAUCUAUUCAGGGAUGUGAGCCAACCCAGCAGUUCAACUCUUGCUUCCUUUUCUCCUGUGUAUAAGAUGGUUACUAAAUUAAUGGUUCACUCAUUCUUUCCAUUAGCAAUGCCAAAUUUUAUUUGUGCAAAAAAAUGUAUAGAAAACAAAAACACCCAAGAAGUGCUCCCACUGCAUCAUCCCAGCAAGUGGAAUACGACAGCAGUGGAGCAACAUAUGUAUAUGUUAAGUAAAGUCUUUUUUUAUUUAAAAAAAGUCACGGAGGUCAGAAAUAGCCAAUUUUCAUGAAGAAGGCACUUUGAUGGAUGUGUGCACUUUGGUGUAUUUAGUGCUUCAGGUUGUUAGAGGGUGUAAAUCCAGAAUGCUGAUGUUUUGUUAGAGGGUUUAAAUCCAGAAUGCUAGAUAGAUGAGGUUACUUAUACAUCAGUAGUUAUUUUAGUGAGAAAAUAAAGUAAAGCGGAAAUGCCAUAUGAAUGUGCAUCACCAACUCCUGCCUGUUUAAAAACAAAAUAAACCAUAGGUAUAGGCACCUAUCAUAUUAAUAGGGUUACACAGGCCCACUACCAGCGGGGCUUGUUUUUCAUGGAGUCUGAUAAACUGGAUCACAUAGCUUUCAUGACAGCAUUACUUAACUUGCAUUGCUUCCUAUGCCCAUUUUAAGAACAAAAGCGCACACUUUUGAACAUAGCAUAGAGUGUAGUGUUAAAGAAAAGGCAAUACAUGUUUGAAUGGAAAGAACAUAAGAAUAGUAAGAGACUGAUUUUUUUAAACAAAUUAUUUGCUCUGUUGCAUGCUUAAUUUCAGCAUUAUUUCUGCAACUGUUUACAAAUCAUGCAAUUUUCAUGCACAAGUGGCUAGUGUGGGUCACUUGCAUGUAUACAGUUACCUGAUUUUUAUGCACAACUGUGCACCUAACUUGUUUAGAAAAAUCAGACCCUAAAAUCCAGCCAGAAUAAUUUAUUUCAUGUUUUGUUUUAUUAACACAACAGAAGGUAAAGAUUGGCAGAUAUACAGUGCCAUCUGUACCCUAUUGUUUGCACUUCCUUAUCUUUUGCUGAAGUCAUAGGUCAUGGCUUUUCCUUCUGUGAUUUUUUUCAAAGAUUUCUUUAGAGAAAUACCUCUUAGCAAUUUGUAACUGUUUCUAGUUACUUCCUUUUAAAUGCUGACAUUGUUGUCAGUGCCUUUACUAUGGUGGGACACAGAAUGUGGAUCUUGCUCCACUGAUAUCCCUCCUUAUUUCUUAAAGCCUCUCAAGAUGAUUAUAAAAACAACAAUUAUGACCCUGUUGGCCUCGUAUUCGUUACUUAUCCCCAUCAUUGUUCUCUUCUCUUUGUAUUCCCCUUCUCCCUUAUUUGCUCUGAUCUCUUGAAUUUUAAAGAGGAUUUUUAAAUAUAUUAUUGUAAUUGGUUUCUAAAAUGUUGUACAGCAUCAUGAGCACCUUGGCAGGGGGCACUUUAUAAAUGAACAUAUUAAUUAAAUCAUAAAAUUUCCACAACAUGAGGCAAAUUCUGGAUGGCCCUAGGAACCAGGCACAGCACUCGUCCCAGCUGUAAUACUGGAGGAAAAUGAGUUAGAGAGAAGG